CAGCGAUUGGCGCAUGACGACGCUCAAGACGGCAGUCAUGUUCCCUGAUCAUCUUCAUCGUCUUCUUCUCGCUCAACAUGUUCAUCUGGGGCCAAAAGUCGAGCGGCGCCGUCCCCUUCGGCACCUUCUUCGCCCUCCUCGUGCCCCUCGUCUACCUCGGGGCCUUCUUCGGCUACCGCAGGCCAAAGAUCGAGCCGCCCACAAAGACGAACAUGAUCCCGCGCACGGUGCCGGAGCACGCGUGGUACACGCAGCCCGUCUUCUCGGUCCUGAUUGGCGGGCUCCUGCCCUUCGGCGCCGUCUUCAUCGAGCUCUUCUUCAUCCUCUCCUCCAUCUGGCUGCACCAGUACUACUACGUCUUUGGCUUCCUCCUCCUCGUCUUCCUCAUCCUCAUCAUCACCUGCGCCGAGAUCUCGAUCGUGAUGUGCUACUUCCAGCUCUGCGCGGAGGACUACCACUGGUGGUGGCGCGCCUUCCUCACCUCUGGCUCCUCCGGCCUCUACCUCUUCAUCUACUCGAUCGUCUAUAUGUCGACCAAGAUGGUGAUGACGCGGGGCGUCUCGAUCCUCCUCUACGUCGGCUACAUGCUCAUCGCCUCCUACUCCUUCUUCAUGCUCACCGGCGCCGUCGGCUUCCUCGCCUGCUUCCUUUUUGUCCACGCCAUCUAUGGAGCGGUCAAGGUAGAGUAGUAGCGCGGGCGGAUGGAGAGGGGCAACGACAGGUGCAAUCUCUGCGCCGCGGGGUGUGAUAUACUCAUGUAAAUUCUCGGUGCUUGUCUGCAGAACCGGCACUUACCG